CUACUAUUUGCCCAUAAAUACUGCGUACUGAGACCUAGGGAAACCCAGCGCUCGACAACAUGGCGUCCCCAAACAGCAUGGAGUCAACUUCACAGUUUGCAGAAGAGGAAGUGAAGGCUGGAAUAUGCCAAUCCGUAUUCAAGGACCAAAAUCAGAUUGCAGAACUGCAGUGUUGUAUAUGCAAGCUUGUGUUGAGAAACCCCCGGAUGUGCCAAGGAGGCCACCAGUUUUGCAUGAACUGCAUCUGUCAAUGGAUCAAGAUUCGUAAAGCAUGCCCCCAAUGUAGAGCAGUCAUUAGGGACGUGAACAGUCUUACUGUGCCAUUGAGUGUCAGAAACCUCAUUGACAAUGCUGAUGCAAUGUGCAGGAAUGGAGAAAAGAGUCCUUCUGGAUCCAUGUGUAACUGGGUUGGGCCAUAUGGCAGCAUGGCAGCCCAUGACUGGGGCUGUGACUAUAAGAUGAUACACUGCGAACAUUGCAGUGAUGUAAUGCAAAGGAAGGACCUUGAGGAACACAUCAAAACCUCCUGCCCAAAGGUCCCUGAGCAGUGUAGGACAUGUGGCAGAUCAAUGGAGAGGGGGGAAGUCCCAAUGCACAAAAAGUUCCUGUGUGGGUCUACCAGGGUGCAAUGCCCUCUGAAGUGUGGAAAGAUAGUCCUGAGGCAAUAUGUAGUACAGCAUGUGCUGACAUGUCCGAAUUACGUUCGGACAUGCCCUCUGCCAGGGUGCAUGGAGAUGGUCAGUGACCUAGCCUCCCACAAGGAGGAGAAAGGAACUCAACACACGCAUCUACUCAUGAAGGUGAUGAUGGAGCCUAACAAGACUAUGCAGGUUUAUGGAGCUGCACACGGCUUCACAUGGACUGUAACGGAUGCCACUGUGACAUCAAAGAGUGACCCACUCCACACUCCACACCACCAGUGGUCCCUCUUGAUCCUACCAACCGACAGAAAAAAUAGAAGAAAUCUUGGACUAUAUGCAGAGAUGAUCAGAGGGGAACCCACAAUUGUUGCCAUAAGAAUUAAGCUUACAUACAGGAACAUCACAAAGAACCUCACUGGGAAUAUGUUUAUGGAAAAGGGUGAGAUAAAAGGAUGGGAGAAUGCGCUGAUGGACGAAGAAAUGGACCAGGAGGACCAGGCGUCCAGUCUGACCGUCAACAUGGUCAUACAGCUUCUUUAGCCUGUAAUUGAAAGAAUACCUGUCCAAUAAACAUGGAUAACUAUGUCAAGCACUUAUUUUCCUGUUAUAAAAGUAACUCUCUUAAUACCACCGGGUACCAUAAUACCACCACAUGAUAAAAAGUAGUUCAAUGAAUUCAAAGUGAUUUAAAGAUUUAGCAUCAGUAAUACUCAGGUCAAUACAGUGCAGAUUUUAGGUAUUCUAGACAAUCUUUAGAAGACCAUUUUUUGAAUGGCUGUAUUAUGACACUUGAUGGAAUUAUGAGAAUUGAUGUUAGCUGUAUUUGAAAACAAUGUUUUUCCAUGGGAAGAGGAAUUUUUGGAUGGGAAGAGAACUGUUCUUGUUAUAUUUCAGCACCUGUUGUGCGUUGUAUUUAUCAAAGAGUUUGUAUUUUUUGUUUCUAGAAUUUGUAGUCUGAGUAUCUUGUUUAUGCAGAGGAGAAACCAUAACAGUAUCCUCCUUUGCAGAGUUCCAUCGGC